AGUAGUAGUACUAGUAGUGGUAGUAGCAGCAGCAGUAAUAAUAGUAGUAACAUCAGCAGCAGUAGUACUAGCAGCAGUAGCAUUGUCAGUAGUAGCAGUGGCUUUACUAACACAAACCAGAUGCCAGUAAUCUCCCACUCUGUGUCCAUGGAGGACAAACCCUGGCUGUCUCCUGAGGAUGAAACCAUGUCCCAGGACAGUCCGGAUACGACGCUCCGUUUGGGGGACGCUACGUCUUCGGUGUCACAGACCGGCACACUCACCGGCAGAACCUACACAACAACUGUAAGCCGUGCCGGGGAAAGAACCCUGCUCUCUGUUACCUCCUCUAACAACAGCACCUCAUCGGCAUUUACGGAGGACUCGAGCUCCCGUCAGCCUCCGUCCACCUGGGGUGUCCCUCCCAGGCCUGUGGAAACCGAGGGUUAUACUCAAAGCGCCCCGUCUACAAGGACUGAUGGGAGAGAAACUACAGACCAGAGAGUGACUGGGAGUUUUUCUGAAACUAAUGGUCCAGCAGUGGCCAGCGGAACCCCGGGUUUAACCGGACAACCUAACGCCACAAAGCAUCAGCUUUCUUUAACAUCUCAGGAGAUAUCUAACUCAACUCCACCUCUCAGGGUGACAGAGCCCAGCACUGAUCAGUCAGACGCACCUGUUUCCUCCACCCCUCCUUUCACUUCACACUCAGAGGGUCCAAUAAAUGCCUCUGGGACGGAUCAGGAUUCUGGCAGCAGUGCUGGAUUGCCCACAGAGAUGACCACUGGAGCCCAGAGCCCCAACACUCAGAACCAGGAAGGCACAGAAGGCCUUUCACCCCAAACCAGUGAGGAUAGCGUGGGUUCAGGUUUGACAUCAGUGCCCUCAACAAUCAGCAGUUCUUCUGAAGUGGAUGAGACUCAGACAAACGUGCCAAGGACGGUUACCAGGGUCUUCCUCACUCCUACACCAGUCACUGCCACCGAGAGACCACAGACAACAGAAGAAAACACCUUUAAGUCAACUGCUUUUACCACCAAUAGCAUGGACUCCACUGUUCCUUCCCUACCAGCAACAUCAGCAGCAGUGCUGAGCAGCAGCUCUAGUAGCUAUACUACAGAAUCCAUUACAGAGACCACCGUCCCAUCCACUUCACCUUUCUCCACAGCCCCCACCCUGACCCUGCAGACCUCUGCAGCACUCCCGGCAGUCCAAACGCAGAGGCCUUCAACUAAGAUGGUCAUUCCUACAAAAGCCACAACUACGCAGGCAGAAACAAGCACCGGGACCCAAAGACUCACCACAACGCAAAGUCAGUACAGCAAAACCACCGACAGUCACAGCACUCCUGCCAGGACUACAGAGGUUGUACACACCACCAAGAAACAGACGGACGGAGGGGCAACAGAGCUGGAAGUGACGACGGUGCCCACCCCGGUCCAAACUGCCAGACUGCCACAAAGAAAUCCCUGCCUGUCGAACCCUUGCAUGAACGGAGGGAUGUGUGUGAGCUAUAAGGGACCAGAGUUCAUCUGUCAGUGUCAGAAGGCCUGGACAGGACCCACCUGCGACCAAGAUAUGGAUGAGUGUAAGCAGAACCCCUGCCCGACUGGCUCCAAGUGCUUAAACUCAAACGGCUCCUUCAACUGUGAAUGUCCACUCGGCUAUCAUCUUGAGGAUGGACGGACGUGCACCAGAGUAAAGACAUUUCUGGGAACUUUCAGUUUUAACAGACAUGAUCAUUUCAAAAACCUGGCCACGUAUGAGAGAGAGAUCAUACAGCUGCUCAACGUGUCACUGUCGGUCCUCCGAGGUUAUAGUCGCUCAACACUAAGGAGCAAAGAGCAGGGCGGGGUUCGUAUCUUGGCUGUCAACAUGUUUUCCAUCUCCACUGAUGUGACGACAACUGAAGUGUACAACAGCAUCCAGAUGUCUCUGAGCAACUGCAGCUCGUUGUUGACCCACUGCAGAAUGGUCCUGCAACAUCAGCUCUCCUACCACAUGGAGAGCUUAUGUGAAGCUCAGAAGACUCAGUGUGAUGCCGAGCGCUCAACCUGCACUGACAGCAGUGGCACGGCUUACUGCCAGUGUCUCCAGGGAUAUUACAAACACAACCCAGAAGACUUAUCCUGCCUAGAAUGCAGGGAUGGAUACAAGCUGGAAAAUGGCACAUGUGUCGCGUGCACUUUUGGAUUUGGGGGCUUCAAUUGUGCCAAUUUUUAUAAGCUGAUUGCAGUUGUGGUGGCACCUGCAGGAGGCGCUCUCCUCCUCAUCCUCAUCAUUGCUCUAAUUGUCACUUGCUGCAAGAAAGACAAAAAUGACAUCAAUAAAAUCAUCUUCAAGAGUGGAGACAUGCAGAUGUCGCCAUAUGCAGACUUCCCCAAAAAUAAUCGGAUAUCCAUGGAGUGGGGCAGAGAGACCAUUGAGAUGCAGGAAAAUGGCAGCACAAAAAAUUUGCUCCAGAUGACUGACAUUUACUAUUCUCCUGCUUUGCGUAAUUCCGACCUGGAGAGAAAUGGCCUGUAUCCGUUCACGGGUCUGCCAGGCUCGCGCCACUCAUGCAUUUACCCAGCCCAGUUGAACCCUUCUUUCAUAAGCGAUGAUUCUCGGAGAAGAGACUACUUCUGAAUGUCUUGCUCUGGACCCACACACAUCCGCUGACUCCUACUGUACUGCAUCAUGAUUUUUUUUAUCGUCGCCACGGGAAGGUUUAUGAGUAAAGUCGUCUGGCUGUCUGAAAUCAGAGUUCAACACAGAAACCAGUGAGCUUCUGUGUGUGGUGCAUUUUAAACACGACUAUUUUGCAAUUUAAAUCCUAUUCCCUGUGACCAUUUCAGUGUUUUUGCAUGUUUUGAAUCAUUUAGUUCAACUUCUACAGGCCUCUGUAAAUGGAGCGAUUCAUCCAUUGUUUUAAUGCAAAGGUGAAUGGUCCAUUACAGUUUGUCUUUUGUCUGCCUCUCAUGUUCAGUUAUUGCUGCACUGAUACACAGUGAAACCUAAAACCAUUCUCCUUUAUAAGAUUUUAAAAAGGUGAAACAGACAUCAGCAAAAUGGUCCAAAAACAUCUAAAAAUACCAAUGAUGCAGCACCUGAAAUACAAGUCCACAACACUGCUGUAAUAAGAAAUCUGUUUUUAUAAAUCUUGAAAAAAUUAUGGAGCUUAACAAAUAACUAAAAAAAAUGUCCAAAGAUUGGAUCUACACUGACUGAAUAAUGAUUUUGUAACCUGAUGCUAGCUGUUAUUUAUUCCAAGUAUGCCCAAGUUGUCCACAUGUAGCACAAUGGUUAUCUCAAUCAUACAUACUGACUGACUUCAAAGGGAUAAACCUGUGGCUUUACGUGUGUGAAUGUGUUUGCGUGUGCGCACAAAAAUGAGGGUAAUGUGUGUGUGCGUGUUUGUGUGCGUGUGUGGGUUGGUGGGUGCAAAAUAAUAAUUACCAGAAAAUAUUAUAACUCUCCAUAAGUGUUUGAAUGUAAAGAUGUAUCAUAAUUUGCUGUUGCUGAUAUGGAUUAUUAUUUUUUAUGAGUGUUUUCCUGCUGGUUUUGUGUGUUUAUAUGGUGUGUUGAUUCUGGCGUUUUAGUCGGAAGUGUUUAUUUAAAUAAAAAAAUACCAAAAU